CCGCGCGUGACGGACGUGUGAUGGCCGAGUAGAACUAACCAAAUGAGGACUCCGCGGAACCUGAAUUCGCGAGCGUACACCAAAAAGAUUUUACCAGCUAGUUAUUGUUGACUGUGUUUGAAUACCUCCAACUUCUAGGUAUAAGAUUCUCUUGGACUGUAUCCUGUUUGUGCCUAAUGCGCGGAAAUGUCGCGUUGCCGCGUGUGCGAUGGCGCCGGGUGAGCGCGCGGCUCGGCUAGGCGCCCAUGCGCGCCUGGCUCGUGGUGUGUGCGGCGCUGGCACUCGCGCCGUGCCGAGCGACCGCCGCGCGCCCGCCGCAGGACGCCGCGCGCCUCGAGCGCAUCAAGUCGCACAUACUCGCCAAGCUGGGUCUUACGUCGCGGCCGACGCCGCAGGGCGCGCCGCCCCACGACGUGGUGCGCCAAAUCCUGGCUCGCGCCGCUGAUCCUCAGCCCCGGGUGCAUCCGGACACGCACCACGACAACGAGCACGCUAUGAGGGAAAUCAUAGCGAUAGCACAUAGAGGUAUUUCCAGCUCCGUUCCUACCUUCCCACUCCGCUCCUCUCCACAUAAGCACACGACACCGUCCUCGACCGCGAGGACGUUGACCCUAACCACACUAUUUUAUGCACAGAAUAAUAAUGAGACAUAUUUUUUCUAAACUGUGGCUCAUUGUUUAAUUUUUUUCUUUUUUCAAAUUGCUAAGUUUAUAGUAAGGUACAGUUAAUUUUAAACUUUAGCAAUUACUACACGUUAACUAUUUCAAUGGUGUAGUUACAAAAUACUAAAUGGUUUUCUAAGAUCCUCCAAAACGCACACAUUUCAUUUGUAAUUUUGUCCGAAAUUACAAGCCGAGUCGCAAAAAGACUAAUUUAAAUUUGUCAUAAUUAAAUUAUUGGUUUGUAUUUUUUAUUAUAUUUAUGUAUCUGAAACAAAACAUAUAUGUAAGUAAGUUCACGAAAA